AUGUAUAGGUCUGCAAGCUGGAACAAAUUUUCUGAUGAUUACUUCAAACAUGCCACAAGUAGUAGUUCUUCAUCAUCAAUAUCUCCAGGGCAAAGAUCAUCUAAUGAUUUGCCUACAUAUGACCCCAUUGUAGAGUUGGCUAAGAAGGAGAAAGCACGUGUUAAAUUCUCUGAGAAUGCAGUGCAUGUCAUCCCUUUUGUUUUGCUUCUUUGUGCCAUCAUUCUUUGGAUCUUUUCAAAUCCAGAAGUGGGAAUGCUAGGAGAUCCUAUUGGAGCAAGAAUUGAAGGAUUAAGUCUUGAUGGAGAAAUGGAAAGCGAUAGCGACGGUACACAAGCUGGUGUCUUACCUAUUAUGGGCUUAGAAGAAAUAUCCACAAAAGAACUUGGAGCUGAAAAAUAUUUGAUAAAUCUAAAGAACUUUAAGUGA